UGAUGCAGGUUGCCCAAAGACAAGGCGGCGGGGCUUUUAGGGACCAAAAACAGCAUCCUUGUUUUGUAAGUCAUCUCUCCAAGGUAUGAAGUCUGCCGCUGCGUCGAGACUUGCGUCGGACAGGGAAGCGCACACCGACCGCCUUCAUCACUGUCACCAUCAUGGGAAUCUACGGCCGCACUGCUGCACAGCUCUCUAACCAUCAUGAGUGUCUUUACGCGUUCCAGGGGACAUGAUCGCCGUUCGCUCGUUUAUCGCCCGUUUACGAUCGAAGAAGAAGUGACCUUCUCUGACGCGGAGGAUGUCAGCGCUGAAAAAGACCAGAAGUUUACAUCUUGGUCCCCACCUCGGAAGGUAAAUGAAGGCAGACGUCUCCCUCCUGCCAGGAACAUGAAGGGCUUAUCGGGCAGCCGUUCCCAGCACCAUAUUCCUUUACCUCAUGGUUUGGACUACGAUCCCCACAUUCAUGAUUACCAUGGCCACCAUGGCUCUGACUCCCGCCACCCAUCAUACCUACUCAGCCCCACAGAGAGCUGCCCCGUGGACUUCCACCACCGGUACUCGCCCCGGAGCUCCAUCCACUCUGACUGCAUGAUGAUGUCCCCCGUCAUGAUGCCUCCACCUGCCGCAUCUGACCACAUCUCCAGCAGCACCUUCCCCAGAAUGCACUACAGCUCUCAGUAUUAUGACUCAGCCACGCGGGAAGACUGUGCUGCCAUCACGGCCUCCGCCACCUCACCGGCUGUCGCUGCCGCAGCAGCCGCAGCCGCUGCCUCCUCCCACCACUCCGGCACCAAAAGCAAUCGCCUUCCAGCUAAUCUGUUAGACCAGUUUGAGAAACAACUGCCACUGCACCGCGACGGCUUCCACACACUACAGUACCAGCGUACCUCCACAACCACUGAGCAGCGCAGCGAGAGUCCCGGCCGCAUCAGACACCUUGUUCAUUCUGUCCAGAAACUCUUCACCAAGUCCCACUCUUUGGAGGGUUCGUCUAAGAUGAAUGGCACAAAAGCUGAUGCAGGAGGUGGAGCAGGCUCCUAUUACCAUCAUGGUCACCACUCCUCCAAACAUGGCAGCAAAAGGAGCAAAAGUAAAGAACGCAAGCAUCGCUCCGGUGGCUGGUGGAGCUCAGAUGACAACUUGGACAGCGACAGCACCUACCGCACGCCCAGUGUGAUGUCUAGACACCACGGGGAACAUGUCAGCCACUGCUACCCAGAACCAAUGCACAGCCACCACUUUGGACAAAUGUCGCUCAAGGGCUCCAAGAGUAACAAUGAUGUCAAGUGCUCAGCCUGUGAAAACAUGGCCAUGGCACCUGAGGGCAAAUUCAUGAAGAGGAGCUCCUGGUCGACACUAACAGUCAGCCAAGCCAAGGAGGCCUAUAGGAAGUCAUCACUUAAUUUAGACAAACCCAUGAUGCAUACAGACCUCAAAACGUCAUCACGAGCAUGUCAUUACCUUCAGGUGCCCCAAGAUGAGUGGAGUGGAUACCCCGACGACAAAGACGAUGAGAUCCCCUGUCGCCGCAUGCGGAGCAGUAGCUAUGUCAAGGCAAUGGGAGAGCUGGAGGACGAAAGUGGAGACUCGGACACGAGUCCCAAGACUUCUCCGCAGGCGGCCAUUCGUCCUGAUGCUCUUGUCCUUAAAUCAGCCAUGCAGAGACCCCGUUUAGACUCGCAAAGCCAGGGUUACCACUUGCAAACCAGAGAUUUGCGGCCCCACCCAAGUGUCACGCUGGAUCCUGCCACUUCCUUUCAUCCCCCUCCUUUUCGCUCUCGCAACCAGAGCUACAUGCGUGCCGUCAGCACCCUCAGUCAAGCUAGCUGCGUCAGCCAGGUGAGUGAGACUGAGAUCAAUGGCCAGUUUGAGUCAGUUUGCGAGUCCGUUUUUAGUGAAGUAGAAUCCCAGGCCAUGGAGGCCUUGGACCUGCCUGGCUCGUUCCGCACUCGAAGCCACAGUUACCUCCGUGCAAUUCAGGCUGGUUAUUCCCAAGAUGACGACUGCUUGCCUUCAAUGACAUCCUCCACUGUCACUUCAACUCUCAGAUCCACAACAGGCGCCCGUAGUUUAGCUGGGGGGCGUAGGGAGUACGGGAUUCAGUUUCGUCUCCCUACUUCGUGCAGUGUGGACCGUGCUCAACCACCUCCAGCGGUAUCAUAUCCUCCCAGUUACAAGAAGACCCCACCUCCUGUGCCCCCGCGCACCACCACCAAGCCUCUUAUUUCUGUGACAGCCCAGAGCAGCACAGAGUCCACCCAGGAUGCCUACCAGGACGGCAGGCAUUCUCGAGGCGGUCUUUGGACCACGGAUAGCCUUGGUCGCCCCAUCUACAGCUCCAUGGACAGCCUGGACAGCUCCAAGGCGGUCACCAUGGCCAUGGAGUCAGCGGCGGGAAAGAGGCACGCGUUGGUGGGAAGUCACACCUCCGUCCAGACGUGUGACAAGGCGGUGCUAGUAUCAAAGGCUGAGGAGUACCUCAAAACCCCACGUUCCUCAAUUGGUAUACAGGUGGAAACUGUGACAGACUCUGAGGCUGAAAGUAAAGGCCUUCCUCAGUUUCACUCUAUAGGGAUCCAGGUGGAGGACAGGAAACGGCAUGGGAGGUUCAAGCGUUCCAACAGUGUGACCACCGCGGUGCAAGCAGACUUGGAGCUGGAAGGCUUUCCCUCCAUGGAGGACAAAGGCCUACAGUUCGGCGGCGCCUUCGGCCGCCACUCUGAGCCGAGCACACCCACUCAGUAUGGAGCCAUCCGAACUGUGCGCACGCAGGGCCUUUUUAGUUACAGGGAAGACUACCGGCCGUCCAGUGGGCCGCCCAGCCCGCAGCCCGAACCCUGGUUGGUGGAACCCAGCCUGGAGAGCACCGACUCGGGCCGAGUGUCCCCCCUCCGGAGGGAUGGCAGCUGGUUCAUGCAGCUUCUUCACAAUGAAACAAAGAGGCUGGAGGAAUGGUGCAAAGAGAUGGAAAGAGAGGCGGAGGAGCAUGACCUGACAGAGGAAAUCCUAGGAAAAAUCCGGAGUGCGGUUGGAAGUGCUCAGCUAUUAAUGUCUCAAAAGUUUCAGCAGUUUUACUGGUUGUGCCAACAGAAUCUGGACCCCAGUGCCAUGCCUCGACCCACAUCUCAGGACCUGGCUGGAUUCUGGGACCUUUUGCAGCUUACCAUCGAUGACGUCACUGCCAAGUUUGAUGAGCUGGAGCAGAUCAAGAGUAACCAGUGGCAGCUGGUGGAGAGCCCCGAGAAGAAGGAUCAAAAGUGGCCCCCACCUCUGCCAAAGCGGCCAGCCAGGGGGCGUGGAGGCGUAAUGAGGGAGCGCUCUCUUGACCUCCAGGACCGCCAGAGACAGGAAGCCCGCAGACGCCUCAUGGCUGCCAAACGAGCAGCUUCUUUUAGACAGAACUCAGCCACGGAGAGGGCGGACAGCAUUGAGAUCUACAUCCCAGAAGCCCAAACACGGCUUUGAGGUCCACACAAUCAUCCUUAGCUCCUGUAGUGCAUCUCCAUCAGACACCAGCGUGUCGCGGCACAACAUCUGCCCUCCGUCUCCCGUUUGUUCAAUCUUUUUACCUGUUGGCCUUUUCCUGGAUGUCCCGGUUAAAGCUACACUGGGCAAAGAUUUUAACAGAAAAUGUAACCCUUUCAUCACCAUGACGGAAAUUAGUAAAGAAUGGUGAAAUGUGGCUAUGCUGAAGUCUGAUUCUUGACCAAAUUUCAAAACCCCAACAUUCUGUCAAAACACAGUUUGAGACUAAACCCUUUUUCCAAGUUUCCACCCGGUAUUCUUCAGCUCAUGCUCAUCCAGUGCCGGCCAAAAUAUUAAAUACAUGUCUAUGUCUCUGCAAAAUAUGCAUUUGCCUAGUGUAUCUUAAAGACCACAAGGAACAUUUGCAUAUGGCUGAGAAUUAGCUAACUCAGAUUAAAAUAGGGGUGGACUGAAUUCAAUCAAUUCAAGACCUUUUUAGAGCUAUUAUUUUGCCUUUUUUUUUUUUUGGUCCUCCUUAAUUGUUGCUAUUCUCACAUGGUGUCAAGGGACAAAAACACACUUUUAACAUUCAAAGAAACGAAGUGCAACCUUUCCCUUACCAGCAACAAUGGUCUGUGGCUAAAAGCACCCUGUGUAUAUCACCCUGCGAUGGGUUAUUUCUUUGCAGGAUACUGAUUUUAUUAUUUUGCUUUUUCAGUUUGCCGUGGUCAGGUCUUUUCCUCUGAUUGUUCUUUAACCAGAUGUGCUGCAGCAGUUAACCGUUGUUGCUGGCUAAGAUUAAAAAAUGGGAUUAAAACUUCCCAGGCCAAUAUUUUCACAUGAAGUCAUUUCCAUUCCUGCAAUGCCACUCGGUCUUAGGACAUUUUUUUUUUUUAAAGAUGUGUGAAUUACUAGCUCCUGUCCACAUUUCCACUGCAGAACAAAUAUGAAUUAUUAACAUUAAAAAAAAGAUUUACACAGCCCGAAAAAGGCUAUUUCAAACAAUGCAUUUUGCACCUUAUAAUAUUCAUGUUUGUAUUUCCAAGGGAAAUGUAGUUUAUGACACUCAUGUGAUAUUGUUGCAGUUGAAUUGCAAGAACAGAGAUGAAAAAUUUACUACAGAAUUUCAUAUAUAAAUAUAAAUAAAUAUAUAUAUAUAUAUUAUGUUGUAGAGAUUGCACCUUGUUUUCUUUUUUAAUGGCUUUAAUGCCAUUCUUAAGUAAAAUUUUAGGAUUCUAACACUUUUAAUUUUGCUUACAGUAUCUAUAUCAUAUGACCAAUUUCAGAGUUUAUGCUAUACAUUUAGUAAUUAUAGUUAAUAACAAGUAUUGGUUGAUUUGACAGAGCCUCUGUCUGGUUAUUAAGUAGUAUUUCUUAGCUGAGAGUCUCCAUUCUGCAAUGCAUCAGACCUUCUGUUCUUGUUUUGAUCUGCUUGUGUAGUUCUAGGGAAAACAGGUGCAAAUGACACUUUAACAAUAUUCAGUUACUAUAAUAAAUGGUGCUGCUUUUUACUCUAAAACUGUUGUCCCUCACCCAGUCCUGCAUGCACACACACACACACACACAUGCACACACACACACAAAUAGGAGCAAUUUUUAAACUGAGAUUUAUAAAUAUGGUGCCCACUGUCUCCCCGAUGGUAGAGUGUGACUUCAGACACAAUCACUUUUGCAAUGUUCUUGCUGUCAGCGAAUUAAACGAGGAGACAGUUUUCUAGUUCUGAUUGUUGCCCAGAAUAGAGAACGUAAAAAGGAAUAUUAUUUUUAUUAUUGAAAAGGAGGGCAAACAGGUUUGACAUUCCAACAACUUUGAAAUAAAAUUAAGAUUACAUCAUGCUUCAUGUUCUUAUUUUUCUUCACACUUCCAAUGCAUUCCCAUUAAUCUCCAUUUGACAAUCUAACCUCGGGUAAUCGAAACCAAUGUUGAUAUCGGCACUAGGAUUAUGUUGCAUCAUAAUGUUUCCUGCUUUAAUCUUAACAUGUUCAGAGCAGUCUGUGUUCUGUGGAUGAAAUGGUGAAAAGUCGAGAGAAAAUAUGAGUUUUGUUUUGUUUUUUUACUGGAAAUGAGGAUCGCCACUAGUUUUCCUCCAGGAUGAGUGUACUAAAUCCGAAACCCUUACCUUAAGGCCUUACCAAAACAGUAAUGAAUGUAGAGCCAUUGAUGCAAAAAAAGUAAAAAAUAAAUAAAAAAUGUUCCAGGAGAUUAGCGACUGCUAAAAUUUCAAACAAAUAAAACGGGAAGACAGGGUGUUUUUAUUUUAUUUUUUUCCACACAGAUUUUUCUAUAUUUGGUUUCCGUUAUGAAAUAGGGCAAAAACGCAGAUUGCUUUUCAGUUAGUUCAGCUUUGUUAUGUCAUAAAAUGAACAAUUGAGAACUAAGCCUAAACUCACUAAAGUAUAAGUGUUCCUGGUUUUGUUGUUUUUAGCACAUGGAAAGAUUACAGUUAUACCCAGUAUUCAGUUCACAGAAAACACUAAAACUAAAUAAAAAGCUUACACACUUGGAGAUAUAUCAUUAAUUCUAUGCUACAGUGCUGUACAGAAGUAUUCACACCCUUUAAGAUACAUUCACACCAAACACGAACAAGACAUUUUUUGCGUUGAUCAUCUGCCAUUGGUCGCUUCACAUUUUGCUUCUCACUUGCAAAGAAAUUGCACUGAAAACCCAGCCAUUCCCCCCCCCCAGCUCGCUUCACCGUGUCAUCAAAUAGGAGAAGCAUCUGUCAGUUGGCCGAUUCCUCUUUUCUGUUCAACUCACCGUGGCGGAGAUGGAUUUUACUGAGCGAGUCACGGUGCUGUAUGUAAUGUGACAGCGUCAGCAGGUUAGAGCCAAUCUGAUAACUACAGAUUGACGCAAAAAACACUCCAGGCGACGCGCUCUGUUUUUUAAAUUUGUAGUCUGUGAAACAUGUCAUGCCAUCGAGCAAACUCUCGAUUUUUUGCCGCUUUAGUCUAAAAAAAAACAUGUGGUGUACUCAAGGCACCAAGGAACAAAAAUCUCCGUAUGUAUCUCUACUGGUAUGGUUACAGAAAAGUGCAGCGGCAUUGUGUGUAGUUCUGCUGCUGAGAAUGAUGUAAAGUCCCGCCUCCUGCGCUGUGAUUGGUCCGGUCUGUUUUUGGGCCGGAGGGAAUGGAGCCUUACCAGACUGAUUUACGCUCUGUGUAACUCAGUCUGUUACUUUCUUCUUUCCAGGACCCGCGUGGGCGGACAGUUUUUCCUCCUGGACACGAACUACAGUUGUCUUGAGUUAGUAAAUCCUUCAUUGCUCAAUGGAAAUCUAGCCUAAUUGCACUGUCUAAAUAUGUAACAGAUAUUAAAAAAAGUGCUUAAAUAAAUAGACGAGGAGCACCCUUAACAUGGCGCGCAUUGACAGAGAAGUAUAGAUUGUUGAAGACGUGAAAUUUUGCUGCGCUCUAUUCACUCGUCUAUGCCGCUGGUCGCAGUUUUGCUUCGUUCUAUUUGCUCAAUUCCUGCUGUUCACAUCGCUUGACCCGUGCCGUUCACAUCACGUACUAUUAAUUUGCUCCUGAACGUUCCUUUACAUGGGGAUAACGUUUAACUCACUCAUUCCAUUCGCCUUGAUCGCGUUCGGUGUGAAUGCACCUUUAGAGCCCUUGGACAAUAUGUUUUACAAAUAAAAAUCUGAUUACUUUUUUUUUUUUUUUUUGCAUAUUUGUAUUCAGCCCCUUUUACUCUAAAUUAAUUCCAAGAUGACAAAUAUGUGGAAGAAGGUGCUUUUGUUAAAUUAGAUAA